CGAAAACGGUCUGGGCGAUGGAUGCAUGCUAACUUCCACCAAGUGGUACCAAAAUGGAGUACAUUAGCCCUCUCGUUCUCCUUUCCGCUGUCAUCCUCGCUCCGCCCGCAUUGGUGGCCCCCUUUUUGAUGGAAUGUGCCAAAUCGGUUGUAAUACCGUGGCUAUAGCGUGUUACUUUGCAGCCAAAUCUAAGUUUGGUACUGUGGUCGCUGCAGCGGCCCUACCUGCCAUCGUGGCAUGUAAUAGCGCCCUUGGAACACGUCCUGCGGGGUGCGCAGCACUUCUCAUCCUUCCCAUUCCCUGAAUCGUGAGCAGUCAAGUUGACUGACGUCAAUCAUCUUGCAGCCGAU